CAUUUUUUCUCUGUCACACGGUCGCCCUUUGGUACGGAGCUGGUGCUUUCCAAUCAUGGCGAAAAAGACACUGCUUGAAAAAAGCAAUCAAAAUGAGGAUUCGGUAAAAAAUAACGAUGAUUCUAUGGACGACGAUGAAGAGCCAAAUUUUAGCGAUCCAGAGGGUUACGUCGAUGAUAUUUCUGACAGCGAACUCUUGGCUGACCUUCUGCCGGACAAGCCUUCAGAGACCGAUGGUGUUGAAUCCGUAAUCGUGAUUGAUGGAGCACCCGUUGUUGAGCCUGAACGUCUCGAGAGACUCCAAACUGUCAUCAACAAGGUUUUUGGAAAGUAUGGUACCAUAGUCAAUGAACACUAUCCAAAACAAGAAGAUGGGAUGACCAAAGGAUAUAUUUUCUUGGAAUACACCAAUCCCAUGAAUGCUCUCGCUGCUGUGAAGUCCACCAACAAUUAUAAAAUCGACAAGAUGCACACAUUCAAGGUUAACCUUUUUACGGACUUUAAGAAAUUUGAGGAUAUUCCUGAGGACUGGGAACCCCCGAAACCACAGCCCUAUACUGUGGCAGGUGAUCUUCACAAUUAUUUGCUGGAUGCUGAUGCGUACGAUCAAUUUUCUGUACUCUUUGGCAAUGGCGGCAAUGUCUCUGUACAAAUCUGGCAAAAUUCUGCUCCCGAACCGACCAUGAUAGAGGAACGUGCUCGUUGGACUGAGACAUACGUCAAGUGGUCGCCUCUGGGUACUUAUUUGGCAACGUUCCAUAAAUUGGGUGUCGCUUUUUGGGGAGGACCACAAUUCACCCAACAAGCCCGUUUCAGUCAAAGAGGCGUUGAAUGCAUCGAUUUUUCACCUUGCGAGCGUUAUCUCGUCACCUACACACCACGAUCGGACGGCGGUCCAGACUCUAAGCGUCUCGUAAUAUGGGAUAUUCUUACCGGUCUGGAAAAACGAUCUUUCACUCCCGAUGGCUCUUCCGUUUGGCCGAUUUUCCGUUGGUCUCAUGAUGACAAGUAUCUGGCGUGUAUGAGCGAGGACGUACUCAGUGUUUACGAAACGCCUUCGUUCGGCUUGCUGGACAAGAAAAGCUUCAAGAUUCCCGGAAUAAGGGAUUUCAGUUGGUCGCCGACCGACAACAUUCUCGCCUAUUGGGUCCCUGAGGACAAGGACGUUCCAGCCAGAGUAACUCUUCUCGAAGUUCCCAGCCGUAACGAGGUUCGUAACAAAAACCUCUUCAACGUUGCCGACUGCAAAAUAUUCUGGCAAAAAUCCGGCGAUUAUCUCUGCGUCAAGGUUGAUCGUUUCGCUAAGAGGAAAGAAAAAACUGAGCAGAAAUAUACCUCCUUCACUGGGUUAAUAUUCCAAGGCAUGUCUUACAACUUCGAGAUCUUCCAUAUGAGAGAAAAACAAAUUCCCGUAGACAGUGUCGAAAUGAAAGAGCCUAUUCACGCAUUCGCGUGGGAGCCCGUGGGUAGCAAAUUUGCAAUUAUCCACGGAGAAAUUCCAAGCGUUAAUGUCAGUUUUUACGAAGUACGUUACGGUCAUCAGCCAGCUCUUCUCAAAAAAUUGGAGAAAAAAGCAUGCAACCAUUUGUUUUGGUCACCCUCGGGACAAUUCAUCGUUUUGGCUGGUCUUACGACCAUGGCUGGUGCUCUGGAGUUUAUUGACACAAAUGAUUUUACGAUCAUGAACGCCACUGAUCAUUAUCAAACGUCCGACGUUGAAUGGGACCCGACUGGACGAUAUGUGGUGACAGCGGUUUCGAGUUGGAAAACAAGCGUCGACAAUGGCUACUGGUUAUGGACUUUCCAAGGUCGGAUCUUGAAGCGAGUGAACUUGACAGCGUUCAAUCAACUCUUGUGGCGUCCAAGACCACCGACUCUUUUGACAGCUGAACAGAUCAAGGACAUCAAAAAGAAUCUAAAGAAAUAUUCAGCACAAUUCGAAAGCAAAGACCGUAUGAGACUCACGCGAGCUUCGAAGGAGCUCAUUGAGAAACGGUGUGCUUUGAUGAAAGCGUUCAACGAAUAUCGUGAAAAACGCGCCGAGGAAUGGAACACUCAGAAGAAACGUCGCAUGGAAUUGCGUUGCAAUAUCGACACGGAUGCGCUGGAUUCCGAUACGAAGAACGUUGAGGAGGAAAUAGUGGAAUUUUUCGUCAAAGAAGAGUCGUUCAUCAUCGACGACAAAUAGAAACGUGUGUGUUCGCGUUUUUUAUGUUUAAAUACAUUUUUGCGAUUGGAAAGCAAAAGAACUUCGAAGAAUCAGAACAGCGGCGUCGGUAAGAUCGUUCAACCGAGGAAAAACACUGGGCGGCGACAAUUGUUUUCCGUGUCUCGCAUUCAAUCGUGAUUGCGGAGAAAAUGAUCGUCUUACAAAAACGUGAACAAUUUAUUUGGUCAUCAAUUUGUACAACAGUUCAAAUCAUAAUGAACAGAAUGACGUUUCGUGGGAAACGCCGAAAUCAUAGCGCACUUGAGUUUUACCACGUUCCUUACAGAAUAGCAAACCCUUUACAAGAAUUUAAUAAUUAUCUGAAAUAUCUGGAUGUGUCAAAAUUUA